AUGGAUCCCCACGCAGCCAGUGAGCUGCUGCAGUACCUGCGCACCUGUUACCCACUCUUCCUUUUCGUCCUCUUCGUCGUGGCCUUCCUGGCCAAUACCAUGAUCGUGGCGCGAAAUGUUCACAAAGACGCUUCGCAACGCAUGGGACCCGGUGGGCGCCCACUGCCGAUGCGGUCGAGAAGCUCGAACAGCUAUCGCCAAACACAGCAGUUCUCCAAGACCGUAAAACGAUUUUUCAACUGGCUCUCCGUGGGCAUUCUAGUAACAUGGCUCGCUAAUGCCAUUAUUUUUAUCGCCCAUGCGUUGGUAGCGCGGUCCGAGCAUUGGUGGCAGGGACAAUCGGUUGUUAUCUGCAUCAUCGCCUCGUUCUUCGUGUAUUCGGUCAUCCUGAUAUCCUUACUUGACACCUCUCCUUCCCCAACACUCGCUCAUUUCGUCUCGUGGUCGGUCGCCAUCCCGAUUGAACUAGUCAUUCUCAGCGCAUCCCUGUCGAUUUACACGGCGCCCCACCAUGAGCCCAUUGUGGGAGAUCCUGAAGGUGGCAGGUUACGGAAGAGAACGACCGUAUGGGAAUACCUGGAAGUGGUCGCCGGCAGCGUGCGCGUCCUCAUUCUGUUUGUGCUGGUACUGCUCUAUGCGUGCAAUUCUCUGAGCAUGAAACACUCUGAGAAGAAGGCCCAGCGACGGGCUAAUGGGACGACGGAGACUACGGGCUUGUUGGACCCUUCUCCUGCCGAGUCUGGCGCUGCCAACGGCAACGGCAAUGGCUACGGCUCGACCAACGGUGGUCCGCGCGAUCAGCCGCCUAAAGGGCCAGAUCCGUGGGUGCGUCCAACGACUGCACCGUCAACCACCUGGUGGGAGUAUCUGAGCGGAUACUCUCUCUUUUUCCCAUACCUGUGGCCAUCCAAGUCGCGCCGCCUGCAGAUAGUCGUGGUGAUAUGUUUCGGGCUUCUUGUUGCCCAGCGGGUCGUCAAUGUGAUGGUGCCGUAUCAGGUGGAAAAGAUCACCAAUAUCCUGGCCAUGGAGAAUGGGCAAGAAUUUCGGGUCCCAUGGUUUGAAAUCUGCAUGUAUGUGGUCUAUCGGUGGCUACAGGGCGGCCAGGGCUUGCUCAGCUCGGUUCGCUCCAGCCUCUGGAUUCCGGUGGGCCAGUAUUCCUAUAUGGAGCUUUCUACCGCCGCCUUUGAGCAUGUCCACGGUCUCAGCUUGGACUUUCAUCUGGGCAAGAAGACAGGAGAAGUCCUGUCUGCCCUGAGCAAGGGAAGCUCGAUCAACACGUUCCUCGAGCAGGUCACCUUCCAGGUGGUGCCGAUGUUGAUCGAUCUUGGGGUUGCCGUUGGAUACUUUCUCAUUUUCUUUGAUGCGUACUACGCUCUGGUGGUCGCGAUUUCCACCUUUGGGUAUUUGUACGUCACCAUUCGCAUGGCUCAGUGGAGAGCGACGAUUAGGCGGCAAAUGGUGAACGCUUCGAGACAGGAAGAUGCUGUGAAAAACGAUUCUAUGGUCUCAUACGAAACCGUCAAAUAUUUCAACGCCGAGCAGUACGAGUUUGACCGAUACCGCGGUGCAGUGAGCGACUACCAGAAAGCCGAAUACCACGUACUCUUCUCUUUGACGCUACUCAACACCUGCCAGAACACUGUCUUCAUGUUCGGUCUGCUGAUUACGUGCUUUAUCGCGGCCUACCAGGUCUCCAUGGGCCAGCAACCUGUCGGCCGGUUCGUUGCUCUGCUGACCUAUAUGGCUCAGCUGCAAGGGCCAUUGAACUUCUUCGGCACCUUCUAUCGCUCCAUCCAAUCUGCGCUGAUCAACGCAGAGCGCAUGCUGGAGCUCUUCCGAGAGCAACCCUCAGUGGUUGAUAACCCCCACGCGGUCCCGUUGGCCGUGUGCAAGGGUGAAAUCGAUUUCGAUGAUGUGCAGUUUUCGUAUGAUGCUCGCAAAACGGCACUGAAUGGACUCGGUUUCCAAUGUAAACCGGGGACCACCACAGCUUUGGUUGGGGAAUCAGGCGGCGGCAAGUCGACCGUGUUCCGUCUGUUGUUUCGCUUCUACAAUCCCGAAAAGGGAUGUAUCCGUAUUGACGGGCACGAUGUACAGGAUCUCACCAUCGAUUCGGUCCGCAAACAUAUCGGCGUGGUGCCCCAGGAUACAGUAUUGUUCAACGAGACCCUGAUGUACAAUUUGAAGUACGCCAACCCGGACGCGACAGAUGAAGAUGUCUAUGAGGCUUGCCGAGCCGCGAGUAUCCACGACAAGAUCUUGACAUUCCCCGAUGGCUACAGCACCAAGGUCGGAGAGCGCGGCCUGCGGCUCAGCGGCGGCGAGAAACAGCGUGUGGCCAUCGCACGCACCAUUCUCAAGAACCCGCGCAUCAUUCUCCUGGACGAAGCCACCGCCGCCCUUGACACAGAGACGGAAGAGCAGAUCCAAAAAGCCUUGGCGAGCCUUGCACACGGCCGGACCAUGCUGGUGAUCGCGCACCGGCUCAGCACCAUCACCACAGCAGAUCGCAUAUUAGUCUUGCAUGGCGGCCGGGUGGUCGAGAGCGGCACACACGAAGAGCUCUUGGCCCUGAAGGGUUCCUACUCCGGCAUGUGGCGGAAGCAGAUCCGCGCCCAAAAGGCAGCGCAAGAAGCCCAAGUUCUUCAAGAUCGGGCUAACGGUGUCCUAAACGGGCCGAGCGAUGACAGCUCCAGUCAAUCCGACGAAGAUCGGAACCAUGGGACUGGACAUCCGCGCCACUGA